UUUUGUUUAUCAUAAGCUUUGGUGCUCCAGAACUUGUUUAAUUUCAUCGGAUUGGAAGGCCCCGGAAUUGUUUGACAUGUCGCACCGCCACCAGGACAUCCCUAUCCGGCCGCGCUACGGCUACGUGGACGAGGAGAGUGGCCAGGCGGAGGGCAGUGGGCCGAAUCCGAAUGCAGCCAGAUCCGGGGCCACGCCCGCCUCCUCGUACACGGAGAUCCCCUUCCUGGCCCAGUAUCCCGGUCCGGUGCCGGAGCACGUCCUCCAGGAUCUCACGCCCACGGCGGCUGGGAAUCCAGCAGUUCCGGGACUCCAGGGAAAAGGUCCGAAUGGCGAGAGCUAUGUGAACCUGGACUCCGGCGAGGACGACGAUGGCGCCGAGGAGGAUGACCCCGAGGAGGAGGACAACAGCAACUCGAACAGCAACUCCAGGGACAGCCAUUCCGGGGACAUCCAACGGCACAGACUGAAGGCGGAGAGCAAUCUGCCUUACGAACUGGAGGGAGCCAGUGACUCGGACGGAAUGCGUCACUUUGUGGCCCACGACCUGGAGGCCAAGUUGCGCGAGGGAGUGGCCGCCUCCACGGACUACUCCUCGGAGCACACCACGCCCUCCACUUCCAUGGGUCCUGGCGUGCCAGUGGGCAUGGGAAUGGGCUUGGGCUCAUCUGGAAACGGCCUGCUCACCAGGAGAUUCCUGCAGUCCCGCAACGUGCCCGAGGUGGACGGCAGUGUGCUGAGCGACAUAGAACUGGAAGCCCAGUAUUUGGCCACCUCGGUGGACAACCUGCUGGAGAACCUGGGUAACCUGCUGCACUCCAUCUCCUCCAUAACCGCCGACAACGUGGAGGUCCAUCGGAAUGCCGUCAACAAGCUGACGGACACCCUGGAUGCGAACAUCAAGUGCCAGUACCAACUGCUGGCCAAAGCGGAGGAGAUCACCAAGUCGAUGAAGCCCACGGAGCAGCUGGGCCAGCGCAUCAGGGAGAUCAAGCGGCUGGUGGACAUGUUGGACAGCACCAUGUAGAAGGUUCUACGAGCCCGUGAUCUGUGCAAUCGAAAAGAUCUUGUGUUUCUAGUCAUUCCGUAAAUACAUUUAAAGCAACAAGAA